GACUUGCAUGAAAGAGAUCAUGAAAGUUGGAGGGAAAAAUAACUAUCAAAUUCCACAUAUGAAAAAAGCUGCGCUCGAUAGAGAAUGUCGCCUUCCUCUUCAAAUAAGCUGUGAUGUUUCACUAGUCCAAAGUGUAAUGGAUACACUAGCUUCAUCUUCAUGAGUUAGUUAUUUAAAAUUGUUGAACUAUCGUUGGAGUCUUUUUGUUUGUUCAGAUUUCUUGUAGUUUUAUUAUUUAUUAAUGUUUUCAAAUGAAUAAUUUUUUGUUAUUAUUUUUACUAACAUAAAAUUGUUUUGUGAAUAAUAACAACGACAAGACCAAAAAGUAGAGCAAAAUGAUUAACAAAAAAUGUAGAAUUGUGAAAUUAUAUUUCAUAUAUUUAUUGUUACGAAAUUACUGGAACAAUAGAAUAAAAUCUAGAUUUAAAAAGAAUGUGGGAGAUAAAUCUUCAACAUUUCCAGUAUGACUUCUUCAGUUGCUAUGUCUGGGUGAAGCUCCCCUUCAUCAUAGAAGAACAACUUAUUCAAAUCGAAGUCACGUUUGACACGGUAGAAAAUCUUGUAAACCGGCAGAUCAUCUUUAUCUUUAGUCUCCUCUUUCUCUUUAGUAUCUUUUUUCUCGUUGAUCUCUUCAGUUUUCAUUUUUUUUAGUAUAAACUUAGUGGAGAGAAUAAAACUACCAGAUGGAUUAUAUAGUGGAGAGAUGAAGUUUUAUGAUUAAUUUGUGUAUUUACUCAGUUGACUGGAAUUGUGUACUUCUUGUAAAAGGUGUCGAUUACGAGUUAAUUUCAAUGAAACUUGAACUUGUUGACUGAAAAAUUAUGUGAAAUGCGUAAGGGUAAAAAAAGUCUUUUUAUUGAUAUAUUAUGCAUUGAUUUCAGUAAACGUCAAAUAUUUUGGUACAACAAAAAAGUCUAAAACGUCAUGUAUAAACGAAUGGAGGGAGUAUGUUUCAUUUAAUAUUAUAUUUAUAAUUUACCUGCAUGCAAACAAAUAUAAAAUUUAAUUUUAAUGGCCAUCGCAUAUAAAUUUAUAUUGACAUACUAAAAUUUCUAGCUAUAAUCCGUACUUUUUUACAUAUAUUUUUCUUACUAUGCUUUUAACUUUUAUUAUGUCUACAUAUUAAAAGUUAUAAUACUUUAAUAAUCUCUUCGCUCCGCGCAGGGUGCGGAUUAUCACCUGGUUAUUAUUAAGAGAAAACUGCACAUGAAAUCUAAAGCUAAACAUGUUAUUUUAUGCACAAAAUGUAGCGAGCACCGGAACUUAGGUGCACCCGUGUGCAGAGGAUCAAAGCUCUGCAAAUCUCUGGAGCCAUUUCAUUUCCGCUGUAGCAGACAAGUCGUCGUGGAGGCAAAAACCCUUUUACUUCUCCCCGGCGAUCAAAAAUCUUGACGAAGAAGAAGAAGAUGGCGACAUCUUUGUCUAAACUCCUAACCAGAUCGAAAGCUCACAGCCACAGGUUCUCUGCCACAACCACUAUCUCUACCUCCCAUUCCAUCCAGAGACAGUUCUCCGCCGUCGCCGACUCUUCUUUCUCUACCUCCGCCGCGCUUGGAAGCCAAACGAGUCCCCCAGCUCCAACGCAAGUUUCAGACAACAAACGAGGGUCGAAGUGGACACAACUGCUGUUGUUCUUGCCUGGAGCGAUUACCUUCGGUCUCGGUUCAUGGCAAAUCGUCAGAAGGGAGGAAAAGAUCAAAACACUGGAGUACCAACAACAACGGUUGAAAAUGGAACCAAUGAAGCUAAACGCGGACCAUCCUCCUGAUAAGAAUCUGGAUGCCUUGGAGUUUAGACGGGUUAGUUGCAAGGGCGUGUUUGACGAGCAAAAGUCUAUCUAUUUGGGCCCACGGUCUAGGUCCAUAUCAGGAGUGACUGAAAAUGGAUACUAUGUCAUCACACCUCUAUUGCCAAUCCCUGGUGACCUGGAUAGCAUGCAGUCGCCUAUUCUUGUGAAUCGUGGAUGGGUUCCUCGAAGUUGGAGAGACAAGGCACAAGAAUCUACCGAGUCAGACUCCGUUACAAAUGAUUCAACCAUAGCUAAACCACUCCCCAGUGAGCAAAAUUCAUGGUGGAAAUUUUGGUCUAAGACGCCAGUGAUUCCCAAGGAGCAUGUGUCCGCGGUUAAGCCUGUAGAAGUUGUUGGUGUGAUCAGGGGAGGCGAGAACCCGAGCAUAUUCGUUCCAGCCAAUGAUCCAAGUACAGGGCAGUGGUUCUACGUAGACGUUCCUGCAAUGGCUCGUGCCAUAGGUCUUCCUGAAGACACAAUUUACGUAGAGGACGUUCAUGAGGAGAUAGAUCGGAGUAGACCGUAUCCUGUCCCGAAAGACAUCAAUACCUUGAUCCGUAGUAAAGUCAUGCCACAGGACCAUCUCAACUACUGUAUAACAUGGUACUCUCUCUCGGCGGCUGUGACUUUCAUGGCUUACAAGAGGCUCAAGCCAAAGGCUACCCGCAGAUAAGCUUUUCUUUGAUCAAAUCAGGCCUCAUUCUUUUUGUCACACCGAAAUAAAAAAGUUAUGAUAUUGUGAUAGGUUUUCGUAGUUUUUCUUCUUCUGUGAUGCGAAGAAAGGUCGAACUAGAAGCCAUCAGCAAAACUUUAUGUUAAAUCUUUGUAUUACUAAUUAAAAAAAAACACCAUUUGCUUGAAGUUAAAAUCGCGGUUUAUUAGUUUUAUUUGAUUAUAUAUACUUUAGUUUGUCUUGGAAGACUAAUGAACUCUUAUUGUGUACUAGAGAUUUUACCGCGCUACGUGCGGAUUAUGUGCUCUAAUUUUCUUUUUAAUUUGAAUAUUAGUAUAUGACUUA